ACGGAAAAUAGAUAUAUUGAGUCACUAUUUCAAAUUUUGUUUUCCUUUUGGAACGAAAUAAUAGUUUCUUUAGAGAAAAGUAAGGAAAUCUUUUUUUGGGUGGGGUGGGCUGUGUAGCACAUAGGAAAAUGACUCGGUGAAGCGGUGAAGGUAAAUAUGAGUAACCUCGCGGUAAAUCGAAAAUUACCAACAUCCCGAACCUUCUAUAAAGUCCUCUCCACACAUAACGCUCUCAUUCUUUCAGCAUCCACUCUCUCUCUCUCUCUCUCUCUCAAAAAAUCUCAAUUCUAGGGUUAGGGUUACUACGAUGUCAUCCUCAAAGAUGAUCGUGUUGAAGAGCUCGGACGGCGAGACUUUCGAGGUGGAGGAAGCGGUGGCUUUGGAAUCUCAGACGAUAAAGCAUAUGAUUGAAGAUGAUUGCGCCGACACCAGCAUCCCCCUUCCUAAUGUGACCAGCAAGAUCUUGGCUAAGGUUAUCGAGUACUGCAAGCGCCAUGUUGAUGCUACCAAAACUGAGGAUAAGGCUUCUGAGGAUGAGCUUAAGGCCUUUGAUUCUGAUUUCGUUAAAGUUGACCAGGCCACCCUCUUCGAUCUAAUCUUGGCUGCCAACUACUUGAACAUCAAGAGCCUGCUUGAUCUCACAUGUCAAACUGUGGCUGACAUGAUUAAAGGGAAGACACCAGAGGAGAUCCGGAAGACCUUUAACAUCAAGAAUGACUUCACUCCAGAGGAAGAAGAGGAGGUUAGGAGGGAGAAUGCUUGGGCAUUUGAGUGAACUUUAAAUCUCAUAAUCCGGGGAUACAUUUGGAAUAUAUCUUACUAGAUGUAUGAACAAUCUGUUGUGUUAGUAAAUAUGUGAGUACGGUAUUUGCUUUUGGACCCCUGACUUUGUUAUUCAAUGAAGUGGCUUGAACCUCCUUUUGCUGUUAUGAAGUCUUGAUUUAAUGUGAAGCUCUCGUAAAUUGAUGCAAAAA